GAGUGACAAAGAAAAUCCAGAACUCAAGAAAGAAUAUCAGUGAUUUGAUUUGACGAAUUUGUUUGUUUGUGGCAAAAAAUCAAUAAUAAUCAAUCAAUCAAUCAAAAAAAUGGCCUCAUCAACGAUAACAUCGUUUUGUUUUGGUGGUCGAACAAUAUUUCUAAUGACCAUAUUAAUAAUUAUUUAUUAUUCAAAUUAUUAUAUGGUUGAUGGAUUUAAAAAACCACCAUUGAAUGGUGGAAUUUUUGGUAAACGAUCAUCAUUAUCAUCCAUAUCAUCUUCAUCACCAUCAUUACAAUCACCACCACCAUUAUCAUCAUCAUCAGCAGCAGGAUUAUCAUCAAUGUUUGGUCGUUUUAAUGUUCAAGAUAUCGAUAACGAUAUGAACAAUAUAUGCGAUUUGGUUACCAAUUUAAUGCCCGUUUGUAAUAAUUGGUUUAUCAAACUGAAUGAAUUUAUCAGUAAUAAUAAUAAUAACAACAAAUGAAGUAAUAACUUCUGGAUCUGAAUUUGGAUCAUCAUUAUUACAAACGAAAUUCUCAACAACAACAACAGCAAAAACACUCAUCAUCAUCAUCAUUCAUCGUCG